CUAAGUGGGGUUUUAGGGUUUACCGAUUUGCGCUAUCUUCCUCUAACAAUGCUCUCUAUUCACCGUCAUACCCAAACCCUAAAAACCCUAGCUUCCUCCUUCACUAACCUCCCUUACUCUACUCAGAAACGAACCUACGUUGACGUUUACAUGAAAUGGAAGAAAGAUUCUUAUUACGACAACAUCGAACACAUCCUCCGAUCGUCUCAGCUCAAAUCCGUCCUUGGUCUCAAAAACUGCAUCGUCCAGGACCCAAAUCGUUGCAUUCCCAUCUCUUCCAUCUCCAAGAAGACGCGUCAGUUCGAUGUAUCAACCAAAAUCGCUCAGUUCUUAAGGAAAUUUCCUUCAAUCUUUGAGGAGUUCGUUGGUCCAGAGUAUAAUCUUCCAUGGUUCAGAUUGACACCAGAAGCUACAGAGCUCGAUAGGCUAGAGAGAAUCGUAUACCAAACUCACGCAGAUGAUUUGCGUGAUAGGUUGAGGAAAUUGAUUCUGAUGAGUAAAGACAACGUUUUGCCAAUAAGUGUAGUUCAAGGAAUGAAAUGGUAUUUAGGUUUACCUGAUGAUUACUUGCAGUUUCCAGAAAUGAAUUUAGAUUCUUCGUUUAGGUUUGUAGAUAUGGAAGAUGGAGUUAAGGGUUUAGCAGUAGACUAUAAUGGAGGAGAUAAGGUGUUGUCUGUGUUGCAGAAGAAUGCAAUGAAGAACAGAGGAGAAGUGAAUUUAGAAGAGAUUGAGUUUCCUCUGUUUCCAUCUAAAGGUUGUAGAUUGAGAGUCAAGAUUGAAGAUUGGUUAAAAGAGUUUCAAAAGCUUCCUUAUGUAUCACCAUAUGAUGAUUAUUCAUGUUUGGAUCCAAGUAGUGAUGUAGCUGAGAAGAGAGUUGUUGGGUUUCUUCAUGAACUGCUUUGCCUUUUCGUUGAGCAUUCAGCGGAGAGGAAGAAGCUGUUAUGUCUCAAGAAGUUUUUCGGAUUGCCGCAAAAGGUUCAUAAGGCUUUUGAGAGACAUCCGCAGAUUUUUUACUUGUCUAUGAAGAAUAAAACUUGUACAGCUAUUCUUAGAGAGCCUUAUAGAGAUAAAGCCAGUGUUGAAACUCAUCCUGUGUUGGCAGUAAGGAACAAGUAUAUCCAAUUGAUGAAGAAUUCGGAGUUGAUUUUGAAGAGUAGAAGAAGGAACAGUUUCGGGUUUUCGAAUGAAGGAGUUGUAGAGAAAGAUUUGGAUUUGGAUUUGGAUUUGGAUUUGGAUUUUGAAGCCUAAGGCAAAAAAUAUUGUACCUUACACAAGAAUCAGUUUAUGA